AUGUACUGGUCAUCGCUUGCCGCAGAACUGCGCGCCAUGAUCCUCGAUGCGCUUAUACAGGAAGGAAACGUAGCCCACUGUGCCUGCGUUUCUCAAGAGUGGAAGACAGCAAUCGGAAAACACAACUUCCGCUCAAUCAGGCUCACAGCUUCGGACGUCCCGGUACUGGAGACAUUAACAGCCCAAAACUUCGGCCUGAUCCAGUACAUAUGGUACUGCGUUGAGCUUGAAGAAUACGACUGUUCCGCAUGCGAUAAAGACGAGACGGAAGAGACCACGGAGGCAAAUUGGGUCACGUUGAAAGAUAGCAUCAGAUCACUGUUCUGCGCACUCAGCGCACGCCCAAUGAAGGGAAAACUCACACUGGAUAUCAGCGUACAUUCUCCGUCUGAUAACCAGCAUUUCUUCAAGUAUAUAUGUUUUGAGCACGCAGAUGUACACAGAUCUAAGGGCGUGGCGCAACAAACGUCCUUGCAACAUACCCCGCUUCACGAUUCGAUCCACAACGCAGCGUUGCCUCCAGAUUUCACGGUCAUCGACCGACUAUUUCCAGACAUCGAUUUUUCAGACGCCGAAGACGGCGAUGCAGCAUUUUGGGCUACGGUUCCACAGGUUCACAGUGUGACUGGUCUGCUUCUGCGACGGCAGACACGUCGCCGAUGGGACCCGCAAGCCCUCAUCCAACUUACCGCACGUCUUCCGAACUUACAAGAAGCUUGGUACGAGCCUUGGAGAGAGUGGAGCCGAAUGUUUCAGAGAAGCACGGACAACCGUAAGUGCAGCCCGAACUCAAUGACGGCCUUGCCGCUGAUCCGUCUCACCACUGCAACAGGAACGGAGCGAUUCUUCAAGUCUCUGAUAUCGCACAAUAUGAAGAGGUUAACGAUAUUCGAAGAUCUUCGAGAGACAUAUAUCGCUGCCAACUUUAGUGGCCUGCACCCCCCCUCCGACGCGGAACCUAUCCGGACAGUGAGUAUAAAAGUGACACAGACACUGGCCGAAGCGAGUCUCAAACUUGAACACCUCUCGGCCGCUUUCGUUACGGACGCAGCACGAUUCUGGGAAGCGCGUCAACCACAGUGGAUCUGGGGUCAGCUUUUGACUCUCUCUCUUACGUCUCGUAUGCUAGUGCCCACUGCGUCACCAGAGAAGAUCAACAGCAUGCUUCAGGCAGCAGCAGAGGCCGCCAUGAACAUGCCAAAACUUGUAUGCAUGGAGCUUUGGAACGGAGGUCAAGACCACGCGUCCGUGUUUAGAUACCGCAUUGCACUCUCCAGGGUUGGCAAACCAGCUAGCAUUGUAUGGCGAAGCACCCGGGAUCUGAAUGUGGAUGCCAAAGUGGUCAGUAUGUGGUCGGCGGUAGCAAAGUCCAGAUCAGCUGGGUCGUUUGAAGUCUUUAAAGAGCUGCUAGGGCCUGAGUACAUGAUCCAAUCACACGGUGAUGCCGUGGACGUGCUGGAGCUGCAGAAUCAGGUGGCUUGUCCGGUGUCGAUACAGCAGAUUCGGAAGGAGCAUUGA